AAGUUCAAGUAUCAGAGACUACAGCCACUUCGGUCAGGUUAAGUUGGUCUUACAAUGGAACAGAAGACGUACAAUAUUACGUUAUUCAGUUUAAGCCGAGAUAUGCAAACCAAGCUUUCAGCGAAAUAUCUGGCAUUAUUACCAUGUACUAUUCAGUUCGAAAUCUGAGUCCCUAUACAGAAUACGAAAUGUUUGUCUCUGCUGUAAACAACAUAGGCAGGGGGCCGCCGAGUGCAACUGUCACCGUUGUUACAGGAGAAACAGCCGGUUCUGCUGCCGGAGUAGAAAUGGAUACAGUACCUCAUAAUGUACAGGUUCGGCCACUUAGCUCAAGUACAAUUGUGAUACAGUGGGAAGAACCAGACAUACCCAGUGGACAAAUCACUGGAUACAAAGUAUAUUAUACUACAAACCCCAAUUUACCAGUUGCUCAAUGGAGAUCACAAAUGGUAGAUAACAAUCAGUUAACAACAAUAAGCGAGCUUACUCCGCACACUAUAUACACUAUUAAAGUUCAGGCUUUUACUUAUGACGGACCUGGACCUUUAAGCUUAUCAGUGAACGUUAAAACUCAGCAAGGGGUACCUAGUCAACCAACGAAUAUAAGGGUUUUAGAAGCAAACGAAACAGCUCUUACGUUACGGUGGAAUAAGCCCACAUAUUCUUCAGAAGAUUUAUUAAGUUACGAACUGUACUGGAACGAUACUUACGCAAACGAAAGACAUACACGUCAGCUAUUACCCAUUGAAAAGUAUACACUAUUAGAUUUACAUCCCAACAGUCUAUAUAAUGUAUGGAUAGCGGCAAAAUCAUCGCGAGGAGAAGGAGCUACUUCACCCCCAAUUGCUGCUCGUACCAAAGAAUAUAUUCCCGGAGAACCACAAGACUUGAGGGUUAUAUUUAUAAAUUCAACUGCUUUAACAAUCACUUGGAAACCACCAAUAUUAAAUUUUCCAGAGUACAUCAUCCAAGGGUAUCAUGUGUUUAUUCAGGAAACAAAUAAUGAGGAUACAAGAGCAGAGCAACCUAUGGUAUUCCAAAUUUUGAAGCCUUCAAUUUUUGAAUUCAAUGUGACCGAAUUGCAACCAGACACAAGCUACGCAAUACAAGUUGCGGCAGUUGCAAGAGGUUUAAGUGGUAACCGUACUGAUCCUUAUGUCAUUAAAAUGCCUGGUGGUGUUCCAAGCAAACCAACACUAUUUGUUAGCUCAAUGGAGCAAGAUUCCAGAAUCGAUGUUGAAUUAGAGUGGUCUAGACCAAUAAGUACUUACGGUGAACUGUUAGGAUACAGAAUUCGUUACGGAAUUAAAGGCAAACCUUUAAUAGAGAGCUUCAUAAGAGGUCAAAAUAUUAGUAGGUAUCAAAUCACAGAUCUUCAAAAAGGAGAAAAAUAUGAGUUCAAAAUCGCAGGGCAAAACCAUAUAGGAUUUGGGCAAGAAUUUGUUUCUACAGUUGAUAUGCCUGAAGGUCUGCCGUCAGGGCCGCCUACUAAUGUUUCGUAUACUUUCCAAACUCCGGAUAUUGUUUGUUUUUCCUGGCAUGCACCUAGUCCAAAACACCGAAAUGGAAAAAUUACAAUCUUUGAAGUUCAAUUUAACAAAAAGUCUGAUCAUAAUAAUAUUAUAAGCCGUAACGUCUCUGUUUCGAGAGCAGUAUUCACUAAUCUUGAUGAAAAUUCUGAAUAUGUAUUCCAUGUAAGGGCUUAUACGUCGAAGGGUGCGGGACCAUUUGGUGAGAAAGUGCUAUUGGAAACAGAGGAUGUUGGUAGAGCUCCCAUGAACGUUAGGGUUAUGGCAACUUCAGAUUCAAGCGUUGAAGUAUGGUGGGAAAACAUGCCCUCGCGGAAAAGAAUUAUUGGUUAUCAAAUAUUUUAUACAAUGGUAGCCGUAGAAGAUCUAGACGAAUGGCAGCAAACGUCUGUGGGAUUAACUGAGUCUGCGAAUAUCAUAAAUUUAGAAAAGUACGCCCAAUAUGCUGUAGCCGUAGCUGCGAGAUUAGAACAAGGAUUUGGUAGGUUAUCAGAGAAAAUAACUGUCAAGGUCAAACCCGAAGAUGUUCCGCUUAAUUUAAGAGCACAUGAUGUAACCACACAUUCCAUGACUUUAUCCUGGUCUCCUCCUAUAAAGUUGAAUCCAAUACACUUUAAAAUUUGUUUCGAUGCUGUAAAAGAGUUUGUAGAUUCACAAGGUAUAACUCAAACUCAAAUUAUACCUAAAGUAGAAAAGAUCGUAGAGUAUAACUUGCGUUUUUACACCAUUGAUGAUUUGUCUCCUUUUACAACUUAUAAUGUCAAUGUUAGUGCCGUCCCUUCAGAUGUAUCAUACCGACCACCUGCAAAAAUAACAGUUACAACUCAAAUGGCAGCUCCUCAAGCGAUGGUUCAACCUGACUUUUAUGGUGUAGAGAACGGAGAGGAAAUUCAAGUAAUUCUUCCUCAAGCAUCAGAAGAAUAUGGUCCAAUAAGCCACUAUUUUUUAAUCGUUGUUCCUGAAAAUUCUGCUUUGAAUUAUAAAAAUCCAGACCAAUUUUUAACUGAUAGUAUUAUAGAGCAGACUAAAUUUGAAAAUAAGAAUUUCCCUUACGUGGCAGCAAAAUUUCCACAAAGGAAUAUUCCAUACACAUUUCAUUUAGGAACGGGUGAAAAGUUUGGCGGAUUUGUUAACAGGCGUUUGGAACCAGGAAAAAAAUACAGAAUAUUUGUCCGAGCAGUUGUCGAUACGCCACAGAAGCAUUUAUACACGAGCAGCCCAUUUUCUGAGUAUUUGGCAUUAAACAUGCGGGAAGUUCCUCCGGGCGACCCACCUUUAAGGCCAAAUCCUAAGGUACCCACGGAUACAGAUGUUAAAGUGAGUUCGCAAAGAAAAGAAGCAGGCAUAUUUUGGAUUGUCGGUCCACUGAUUGCUGUAAUUACCGUGUCAAUUUUUUUCGUGUUCAUUUUUGUGUUAAGAAAAAGACGUCAACCAUGCAAAACACCUGAUCCCUCCUUGCAACAUAAAUCUUUAUUUCCUAAUAAUUUAAAGAAUGGCACAGUACCUACUGAUCCGGUAGAAUUAAGACGACAAAAUUUUCAAACACCAGCAAUGGCAUCGCAUCCACCGAUCCCUAUUUCAGAAUUCUCCGAACAUGUGGAACAUUUGAAAGCAAACGAGAACAUGAAGUUUUCUCAAGAAUAUGAGAGUAUAGAACCAGGUCAACAAUUUACGUGGGAUCAUUCAAAUAUGGAAAUAAAUAAAGCAAAAAACAGAUAUGCGAACGUAAUAGCAUACGAUCACAGCCGUGUAACUUUAUCAUUAGAAAAUGGUAUAUUAGGCACGGAUUAUAUAAACGCAAAUUAUUGUGACGGUUACAGAAAACCCAACGCUUACAUUGCAACUCAAGGGCCAUUACAAGAGACAUUUAAUGAUUUCUGGCGAAUGUGCUGGGAGGUUAAAACAUCCACCAUUGUUAUGAUGACAAAGUUAGAAGAGCGCACUAGAAUCAAGUGCGAUCGCUAUUGGCCAGAACGUGAUUCAGAGACAUACGGAUCAAUAACAAUUACAAUGACUGACUUUCAGCAGCUAGCCUACUAUUGUAUUAGAACGUUUCAAAUUGCGAGGCGCGGUUGUUCCGAUGAGAGGGAAGUUAAGCAGCUUCAGUUUACUGCAUGGCCUGAUCAUGGGGUGCCCGAUCAUCCGGCGUCAUUUCUUCAGUUUGUUAAAAGAGUCAGAAACAUCAACCCACCUGGAAGUGGUCCGAUAAUUGUCCACUGUUCUGCAGGGGUUGGUAGGACAGGUUGCUACAUAGUGAUAGAUUCAAUGCUAGAACGUAUUAAACAUGAAAAAUCCAUCGAUAUUUAUGGGCACGUAACUUGUCUAAGAGCUCAACGAAAUUAUAUGGUACAAACAGAGGAGCAGUAUAUUUUUAUUCAUGAUGCCUUAUUGGAAGCUGUGAUAUGUGGAGAAACAGAAGUUCCUGCACGUCAACUUCAUUCUCAUGUACAGAGGCUUCUAGCGCUAAGACCAGGAGAAAGCGCAACAGAUAUGUUAAUAGAAUUUAGAAAUUUAGGUUAUUUCAAGAUAGAUUCCUUAAAGAUAAUCGCCGCAAAUUUACCGUGCAACAAGCACAAAAAUAGACUGAUACACAUUUUACCCUAUGAAAAUACCAGGGUAUUUCUAACCUCACUACCCAACGUAGAAGGUUCAGAUUACAUCAAUGCCAAUUUUGUUGAUAGUUAUAGUUGUAGAAAAGCUUACAUAGCUACCCAAGAACCAAUGCUAGAAACAGUAAAUGACUUUUGGAGAAUGUUGUGGGAACACAAUUCUACUAUAAUAGUAAUGCUGACCAAACUAACCGAAAUAGGAAGAGAGAAAACCCACCAAUAUUGGCCUAGUGAUCGAUCAAUAAGAUACCAUUGUUUAGUAGUAGAUCCCAUAGCAGAAUAUAAUAUGCCCCAGUAUAUUUUAAGAGAGUUUAAAAUUACUGAUGCAAGAGAUGGGGUAUUUAGAACUGUCCGACAGUUUCAAUUUACGGAAUGGCCCGAGGAAGGAGUACCAAAGUCGGGGGAUGGAUUUAUUGAUUUCAUAGGUCAAGUUCAUAAAACGAAGGGACAGUUUGGACAGGAUGGUCCUAUAACUGUUCAUUGCAGUGCUGGUGUAGGCAGAACUGGAGUAUUUAUUACGCUCAGCAUUGUGAUAGAAAGAAUGCAAUGUGAGGGUGUUGUGGAUAUGUUUCGAACUGUAAGACUUCUUAGAACACAACGACCAGCAAUGGUGCAG